AUGCUUAGUCCAGGUCAGUGGUGCUACCAGAGCCAGUACUCCUGUGAUGACACAUGCAGAGACCCCAUCCACUGGGCAGCUCAGUUUCCCAGCUGUGGGGGGUUACGUCAGUCACCAAUCAACAUCGUGACCAGUAAGGUGCACGUCAACAGCGCCUUGCCACCAUUCAACUUCAUUGGCCACACCGACUUAAUCAACAUUACGGUGGAAAACAAAGGGCACUCAGCUCACUUUCACCUGCCACAGUCGGUGCGGCUGACAGGAGGCGCUCUCCCCGGUCACUACAGAGCGGCCCAGUUUCACUUCCACUGGGGGGGGAACGGCAGACCUGGAUCAGAGCACACCAUCGACGGAGAGAGAUUCCCCAUGGAGCUGCAUAUAGUCCACAUCAAGGAGCCGUACGGUUCUCUGGCAGAGGCAGAACACGACAUGGCGGGUAUCGCUCUGCUCGCCUUCCUGUUUGAGGAAACAGCAGACGACCAUCCUAGUUUGAACACGGUGAUAACUGCUCUGGGCCGAGUGCAGCACAACGGCAGCAGCACAGUGAUUCCAAACUUUCGCCUCAGUGACAUAAUCCCGUCUGAGAAGGACCUGCACAGUUACUACCGCUAUGUGGGCUCCAUGACUACUCCAGGGUGCGAGCAGGCAGUGGCCUGGUCGGUGUUUCACAGGACCCUGUCCAUCAGCAGCCGUCAGCUGGAUGCAGUAGUUCAGCAGUGUCAGUUCUGGAACGGACAGCCCAUGACGGACAUCUUCAGACCCACACAGCCUCUGGACGGCAGAGUCGUGUACCGCUCCAUGGCCGCCGCCGCCGCCGCCGCUGCUCCGACAAGCGCGUGGUUCUGUGUCCUCUCAGCUGUGCUCAUGACAGCGGGUCAGAUAGUCUGA